UCCCACUCGACUGAGUCGCGUGCGCUUUGGUGGGGUUUGGUUUAGGGUUCACGCCCGCGCGCCGUAUGGAAUUGGAUUGUAAUUUUAUCUGGUUGUAAUUUUGUGCUUGUUAGAUCUGUGUAGUUGGUUCGUGCGAGUUGCAUUCGGUUGUUGGCUUGGCCUGCAGUCCGGAUUAUUCUAGCGGUAGUUUUUGAAAGGGUUUUGUUUCUGCAGCUAUGUAUUCACGGACCUAAUGUUAGUCGAUCUGUUUUGGCCAGAAUUUUAUUAAUGAUUAUGAACUGUGUUGCUGAUUGAAUUGAGCUUAUACUUAGCCUCUAAUUUUUUUUGUCAGAAUAGGCUAAUAUGGGAUAACAGCUAUGUUCCUAACCAAAUUGGUCCUCAACAGCCUUGAAUUGAAUGGAAUUUUCUUCGUCAUGAUAUAAAGGUAGCAUGCCUGUGCUUUGGUAGAUCUGGCCGUGCACCUGAUGGUCAGUGUUCACUGAUAUAUGGUGAGGGCUAUGGUCAUUCUUAACAUGGAAGUUCUUGUUCCAGAGUGUGAGAUUAUUGGAAAUCCAGUAUUGCCUCCUGAGUCUGGGGUUUCUAUUUCAAAUUCCAUGAGAGCAGACCAGUUUAAUAGCGCGCCUGGUUCAACAGCAAGGAGUACUUUGACCACAGUAACAAGGUCCAAUGAAAAUACUCCAGUAAUCCAGCGACCGAUGACAGGGAACCCUUCGAACAUGAUCCCUAGGCCAAGUGACAAUGCACAGGUCUUCCAACCAACAGUACAGCCAUCAUAUCGCCCUGCACCCAAUUACAGAAACCACGGCACAAUCAUGAAAAACGAUGCUCCCGCUAGAAUAAUCCCCAUAUCUGCACUAAAUCCUUAUCAGGGCCGCUGGGCUAUCAAGGCUCGAGUUACUGCCAAGGGAGAGAUCCGCCGGUAUCAUAAUACAAAAGGUGACGGCAAAGUGUUCUCUUUUGACCUGCUUGAUUCUGAUGGUGGUGAGAUACGGGCUACAUGUUUCAAUGCUCUUGUUGAUCGCUUCUAUGAAGCUGUGGAAAUUGGUAAGGUCUAUGUGGUAUCAAGAGGAAGCUUGAAACCUGCAAAAAAGGACUACAACCAUCUGAAUAGUGAGUGGGAAAUUUUCUUGGAAUCUCAGUCAACCAUUGAACUUUGUCCUGAUGAGAACAGCUCCAUUCCUGCCAUGCGGUUUACCUUCACAUCGAUUGAUAAAAUUGAAGAUUCAGAGAACAAUGCUAUUGUUGAUGUCAUUGGUGUCGUUACAUCUGUCAACCCUAGUGCCACAAUACAGAGGAAAAAUGGCAUGGAAACUCAGAAAAGGACCAUUACCCUGAAGGAUAUGUCUGGUCGAAGUGUUGAGGUUACCAUGUGGGGUGACUUCUGCAACAGAGAAGGCUUGCAGCUGCAAGAAAUGGUCGAACGUGGGGCCUUUCCUGUGCUGGCUGUUAAGGCUGGAAGAGUGAAUGAUUACAGUGGUAAGUCUGUUGGCACAAUUUCUUCAUCUCAACUCCUCAUAAACUCUGAUCUUGCUGAAGCUCAUAACCUUAGGCAGUGGUUUGAUUGUGGAGGAAGAGAUGCUUCUAGUCAGUCCAUAUCCAGGGAUUUCACUCCAGCAGCAUCAAGGAAUGAGAUCCGAAAGACAGUAGCACAGAUAAAGGAUGAUGGUCUUGGAAUGGGGGACAAACCUGAUUGGGUCACAGUGAAGGCUACUGUUGUAUUUUUCAAGACCGACUCCUUCUGCUACACAGCUUGCCCCAACGUGAUUGGAGACAGGCAAUGCAGUAAGAAGGUGACAAAGUCUGACUCAGGCAACUGGCUCUGUGACAAGUGCAACCAAGAGUUUACAGAGUGUGAUUACAGGUACCUCCUACAGUUACAGAUCCAAGAUCACACGGGAACAGCUUGGGCAACAGCAUUCCAAGAGCCUGGGGAGGAGCUACUCGGUUGCUCGGCGCGAGAACUCUACAUGUUCAAAGAGAACGAGGAUCCACGCUACACAGAUGUUUUGCUCCAAGGCUUGUACCGGCAGUAUCUGCUGAGGCUGAAAGUGAAAGAAGAAACAUACGGAGACGAGAGACGAGUGAAGAACACUGUGUUCAAGGUGGAGAGGAUUGAUCCUUCGGCUGAGAGUAAAUUUCUGCUUGAUCACAUUUCAAGGUUGACAGGAUCAUAUUAACAGCUUCAUUCUACAUCUAGCAACUGAUGGUCGUCCAUGUGUUGCACUUCUGAUAGGUGUGGUAGUAUCAGUAGCUCACUCUUACAUUCCCAUCGCCCGACCGGUGGUUUCUUUGGCUAAUUGUAUCUUUAUUCAUUCAGUACUCUUGUUCUGUAGAUUUUUUAUGUUUUGUGUCUCAGCUGCUUACAAUGUGAUUUCCUGUUUAACUAAACAGCCUUCUUGUAACUGCAGUUUCUCUGAAAGUUUUGUUUUGUAAAGGUACUUCGGACAACUUAGUUUGGUAUAAUUUCAUGCAAUAGAACAUCAAUAUGUCUCCCAAGAA